UCAUCCCCUGCGCGCGUUACCAUGGAGCCGGUAGGUUUAACAGUAUGGCGGUGAGUGCAGCCUGGGUUUUCGGCUCUCUGGUUCCAGCCGGUGCGGGAUUUAGCGGAGAAAUGGAGGAAUUAGGUCUUAAUCACGCGGUAAAACCGAGUUCCGAGCCCCUGCGAGCCCCGGCGAGGCGCGUGGAGGUAACGGGCAGCGCGGAGCUCCGCUCUCCGCCGGACCGGGCCGCCCUGAUCGUCUCCGUUACCAGCAGUAAAAACAGCGUGAACGACGCGGCGAACAGCGUGACCCGCCGGCUGGAGUACAUCCUGCAGACCCUCCGACAGCACGCGGUGAAGGAAGAGGACACAGUUGUAACGAAACACAUUCAGAGAGAAGAGGACCUCUACUGUGUGCAAGCUGAGGUGAGUGUGGUGUUUUCAGACUUCGAGAAGAUGCAGAAUGUGCGUUCUGUACUGAUUGAAAAACUGGACAGAACUGUAUACAUUGGAGACCCUCAGUUCUCACACAGUGAAGAGUGCCUCAGUCUGUUAAGAAGACGCGUGUGUGUUGCGGCUGUGGAGACUGCCCGUCUCAAAGCUACAGAGGUGUGUAAUGUCCUGGGACAGGCUCUGGGACGCCCCCUACUGGUUCGAGAAGAGGAUUUUCAGGAGUGGACAUGUGGCCAACAACGGGGUGCGGCCAACCCCCUGACACUACAGCAGAAAGUGGGCCAGAUGACUGUGUGUGCCUCGUCACGGGUGUUUGUCACUUUUGAACUGCGUCCUAAAGACAGCACAAGAAAGAAGCUAUGAAGAACACACUUCUGGUUGGAGGUCUGUCUACAAGCGUCCUGUGCUUUUGGGUAAUACUUGAAUUUAACAAUCUGGCUAAAGAUUUGCACAAGUUUAAAGUAAAAAAAAAAAAAGUCAUUUAGCCAAUCA